AGUCGCUCGACCUAUCAGCGGCGACCACCCAAGAAGGAUUCCAGACGGUUCUGGAAGCUUGGGUUGGGAUUUUCUCGAACACACCGAGAGUACAAAAACCAGACAGCUACCGUCUUCUAGGAAGAUUCAACACCGACAGAAGCUGCUGAGAGCGAGGAGCGACAUAAACACAUUUACCUGGGUUAUCGUGUCACAUUGGGACCAAGAUGCCUGAGCCACACGACCAACCAAUGGAGGAGGAGGCAGAGACUUUUGCAUUCCAGGCUGAGAUUGCUCAGCUGAUGUCCUUGAUCAUCAACACUUUCUAUUCCAACAAGGAGAUCUUCCUUAGGGAGCUCAUUUCCAACUCUUCAGAUGCUCUGGACAAAAUCCGGUAUGAAAGUCUCACUGAUCCCUCAAAGCUCGAUUCUGGCAAGGACCUUAAAAUCGAAAUCAUUCCCAACAAAGAGGAACGCACCCUGACCUUGAUUGACACCGGCAUCGGUAUGACCAAGGCAGACCUGAUCAACAACCUGGGCACCAUUGCCAAGUCUGGCACCAAGGCCUUCAUGGAGGCUCUGCAGGCUGGAGCUGACAUCUCCAUGAUUGGUCAGUUUGGAGUGGGUUUCUACUCCGCCUACCUGGUGGCUGAGAAGGUCACGGUCAUCACAAAGCACAACGAUGACGAGCAGUAUGCCUGGGAGUCUUCAGCUGGGGGCUCGUUCACAGUCAGACUUGACAACUCUGAACCUCUGGGACGUGGAACUAAAGUGAUCCUGCACCUGAAAGAAGACCAGAUGGAGUACCUGGAGGAAAAAAGAGUCAAAGAAAUCGUAAAGAAGCACUCGCAGUUCAUUGGUUACCCCAUCACACUCUUUGUGGAGAAGGAGCGAGAUAAGGAAGUGAGUGAUGACGAGGAGGAGGGAGAGGAGAAAGAUGAGGAAAAAGACAAGGAAAAAGAGAAGGACGAGGAUAAACCUGAGAUUGAGGACGUAGGAUCAGAUGAAGAAGUUGACCACGAGAAGUCUUCAGACAAAAAGAAAAAGAAGAAGAUCAAGGAGAAGUACAUUGAUCAGGAGGAGCUGAACAAAACCAAACCUCUUUGGACGCGUAAUCCUGAUGACAUCACCAAUGAGGAGUAUGGAGAGUUCUACAAGAGUUUAACCAAUGAUUGGGAGGACCACCUAGCAGUAAAGCACUUCUCCGUUGAGGGUCAGUUAGAAUUCCGCGCCCUGCUUUUUGUGCCUCGACGUGCUCCAUUUGACCUGUUUGAGAACAAAAAGAAGAAGAACAACAUCAAACUCUAUGUGCGCAGGGUCUUUAUCAUGGACAACUGUGAUGAGCUCAUCCCAGAAUACCUCAAUUUCAUCAGGGGUGUGGUGGACUCUGAGGACCUGCCCCUGAACAUCUCCAGAGAGAUGCUUCAGCAGAGCAAGAUCCUGAAGGUGAUCCGCAAAAACCUGGUCAAGAAGUGCCUGGAACUGUUCACAGAGCUGUCUGAGGACAAGGACAACUACAAGAAGUUCUACGAGCAGUUCUCCAAGAACAUCAAGCUCGGCAUCCAUGAGGACUCCCAGAACAGAAAGAAGUUAUCUGAACUGCUGCGAUACUACACAUCAGCCUCUGGAGACGAGAUGGUUUCCCUCAAGGACUAUGUGACACGCAUGAAGGACAACCAAAAGCACAUCUACUACAUCACAGGUGAAACUAAAGACCAAGUCGCCAACUCCGCCUUCGUGGAGCGUCUCCGUAAAGCUGGUCUGGAAGUCAUUUACAUGAUCGAGCCCAUUGACGAGUACUGCGUCCAGCAGCUGAAAGAGUUUGAGGGAAAGAACCUGGUUUCAGUCACAAAGGAAGGUCUGGAGCUGCCUGAAGAUGAAGAAGAGAAGAAGAAGCAGGAGGAGAAGAAAGCUCAGUUUGAGAGUCUCUGCAAGAUCAUGAAGGACAUCUUGGAAAAGAAGGUGGAGAAGGUCACAGUCUCCAACCGUCUAGUCUCUUCACCUUGCUGCAUCGUCACCAGCACCUACGGCUGGACGGCCAACAUGGAGAGAAUCAUGAAAGCCCAGGCUCUGAGGGACAAUUCCACCAUGGGAUACAUGGCUGCCAAGAAACACCUGGAGAUCAACCCUGACCACCCUAUCAUGGAGACACUGAGACAAAAGGCAGAGGCCGACAAGAACGACAAGUCUGUGAAGGACCUGGUUAUCCUGCUGUUUGAGACCGCCUUGCUGUCUUCGGGUUUUACGCUGGAGGACCCACAGACGCACGCCAACCGCAUCUACAGAAUGAUCAAGCUGGGUCUUGGCAUCGAUGAGGAGGACGUGACAUCAGAUGACACCACCUCUGCUCCUACUGAGGACAUGCCGCCGCUCGAGGGAGAUGAUGACACAUCCAGGAUGGAAGAAGUGGACUAAGGCCUGCUGUGAAUCUCCACUAGUGUUCAGAAGUAGUUUAUUGUACAGUUCAAAGUUUAAUGUGAAAAUGAGCUCAGAAUGCACCCGUUUAUCCGUUGAAAGACCACCGACUUCGUUCUCCCUCGUCUUAAGUUCAGAUUCAUUCCUCAAGGACAAGCUUGUCAGAUUUGUAUGUGGAGUUGUACCACUGCAUUUGGGUUUUUUGUAUUUACUGACAUUCCAAUGUUUAAGUGACUGUAAAUAUUGAGAUUGCAUUGUUUGACAAAGUGUAGCACAUAAAUAAAGUUUAAACAUGAGAA